AUGCCUCCCACUAUUGAUCGUUUACUUCUGAACGAUAUCUGGCUUGAUCAACCCCAUGCUCCCUCAAAGUUACAGUCAGAUUUAGACGUUCCUGCACUUUUGGAAACCACCCUUGACGUCGUCGAGAAGAUCGCUACGUUGCGAAGCAGAGCUGCCAAAGUGUCAAUUAUCAGAGAAAUAAGAACCUAUAUAUACGAUAUCGUGAUCUUUGCAAGAAAUCAUCGUUUCGUCGUCGGUGGAAUCCCAACGUUUGUUCUUGAAGAUUUCAUUCAAUUCGUUCAGGUAUAUGCCACCAUUAAUGGCUAUGACUACGUCAUCCCUGAAAUGGUGAAACUCGCCGCCUACAAGUUGUUACCCUUACGAAUAAAAAUGCUUAAAGAUCCGUACAACGAGCCUUCCAUGUUCUAUGGAAGCGAUCCAGAACUUGUUAAACAAAUUGUGGAUAAAAUGGAUACCAGAAUUAUCGUUGAAGAUAUUCUAAACAGAGUGCAGCCACCUGUAUAA